CAAGUCUUCUCUUGAAAUUUACAAAUAGAACAUCAAAAAUGGAAAACAGUCAGAAUGUCAAGAUUCCAGAAGUUGAAGAUGUGUAUGAAGCGCUCGGAGCUCUGGAAUUAUCUCAAAAUAACGAAACGAGAAGAGUGACAUUUGCUGAGGCAGAGGUUCAACUUACAACAUCACCAUUCGCUACACCAAGAUUCAAGUCUAGACCAACAAAUAGAAAUGAUAGGAACAACAACUCAGCAGAUGGCUCAGAGAGUAUAAGUUCACCUCUAACUACCUAUAGAUUAAAACCUAUAUCAGAGAGAAUCAGAGGCACCAAUGUCUCUAUAGGAGAAUCUGGAGCUGUGUGUUUAGAAUUAUUCAAACAAAGUGGUCUCGACACAUUGACUGAAAUGUUUACAGUAUCACAAGAUGGAUUAGAGAUUACUAUUUGUCAGUUUUGUAACACAACUGAAGUAACGAAUGAUAGACGAGAAGAAGGUAGAAGAAAAGUUUACACGUUGGACAAUUUACCAAAGAAAUUCAAUAAGAAAUACGAAUAUUGUAGAAGAUUUGUUAAUCUUGUGAAGUCAAAGACACCGAAAGUAAUCAUUUAUAAUCAACAAGCUAAAUGUAUGUUGAUGGAAAACUUUCCAGAUCCAAAUUUCAUGGCCAAAUUUUAUAAUGGACAAACAUUUAUUAGUACAUGGCAAGGCAUGAAGUUAGUCAACCAACAACAUGGCAGUAUUCUAUCAUUAAACUCUAACAGAAUAGAAGAACAGUUCAGUACAGAAAUUCUACAAUUGGUCAAAUUUGCUGAAAAGUGCCAUAAACAAUGUUUAGAAUUAGAAGGAUUAUUGAAAUCUAACGCCAGAAACUGUGAAGAUAUAGAGAAAAUAUUCCCUGUUAUAUUAGGGAGAAAGAAAUCACAGAACGGCAACAACGAAGCAGCGGUAUCGCAUUCUGGACACAUAGCUGAAAUUCUUAAUAGACGUAAUCAUAGUGAUUCUAGUGAUUCGGAUAGUGACAGCCAUAUCAAUGACGAUAUCUGUUUAUUAAGACAAGUGACACUGCCAAAUAUCGGGCAUGCCAAACUGUUUUCUUCGGGAGAUGUUAAAGUUGAUUUCAAAGAUGGUUGUCACAUGAAAUUCAAUCCAACAGAAGAGUUUUUUACGUUCAUUGAUAAUGAUGGCGUUUGUCACCAGUUCAAUAGCCGACAGAAAGUUCCUGAUAUUGUGCGAUGUAAAAUAGUCUCAAUUCCAAACAUUUUACACCAAUUGAAUACACAAAAUAACAACAAUAUCGAUGUUUCACAGAAUUCUAGUCACUCUACUUUACGCCCUCAUUAUUGAUAUCAUCUGUACUGUAAAAUAUUUAUGUAAAUUAUUUUCUAUAUUUAUAAUUAAAACGUUAUUAUGU